AUGUUCAAUUCAUCGUACGAUCCGAAACGAAAAAUUUGGUCCGGUCUCAAGCAGCCGGGUCCGUUCAAUCCGCAGGCCAACCUAGGCCAAUUGAUUUUGAACUUGCUCGACCGAAGCCCAACCAUGGUGGCCCAGAUCUCCGUUGAAUCCGGUGUGGAACUAUCCUGCGAAGAGAUGCGCCUCCGUUCAAUACGUGCCGCUCAGAACUUGACCAGGUUGGGUUACACGAAAGGUGACACGAUUGGUUUUGCCGUGAGGAAUCGCGAAAAUGUUGCUCCUAUUGUGUAUGGAUGCUUCCUGAUUGGGGCUCCGGUGAACUGUAUUGAUCCGGAUUUUACGGCUGUCGAUAUGGCAUACAUGUUCGGGAUUAGCAAACCGGUACUGGUGAUAGCCGACGAAGACAACGUUGAUACGGUGAAAACGAGCUGCCAAACUGCGGGUAUAAGUCCGAAGUUUGUCGUGAUGGAUCAAGCUCCCGGCGAUGAUGAUCCGUCCGCUUUGAAUGUAGUUAAGGAGACCGGGAACGAACAGCUAUACUACCCAUCAUAUCUGGGUGAUUCGGAGAAGCUGAUCGCUGCGAUCGUUUUCUCGUCCGGAACUACUGGAAUGCCCAAAGGGAUUUGUCUAUCACAUGCCAACAUCAUCCAUCAAAAUGCGUUGAUAUGCCUCACGCACCAAUUCAAGACGGCUUUCUGGUUCAGCUCCCUUUACUGGGUAUCCGGGCUUCUGCAACUUAUUCAGGGCCCUUUCAACAACUCCACCCGGUACAUCUCGACUCGCCGAUUCAGUCCGGAGGCGUUCUUUGAAAUCGUCGAACAGUACGCACUCACGCACGUCUUCUCCUCGCCGGCCCAGAUGGCAACGAUCCUUCAAAGUCCUCUGCUGAAGCAAGCCGAUCUUUCCAGUCUGAAGUUCUUCUAUUCCGGUGGUGGACUAAUGUCACCAGGACUUCGCAAGUCAAUCGAAAAAUCGCUGCCCUCAUGCAGGACCGGUGUGGCCUAUGGAACAUCGGAAAUCGGCCACAUUGCAACGGAUGUCUUCGGGCCUACACGGGAAGGCUCAGUCGGUGUGCUCGAUCCAAACAUUGAAGCAAAGGCUUUAGAUGACGAUGGGAAUCCGGUGGGUGUUAACGAGAGGGGCGUGCUCUGGUUCCGGUACCCAAUCAAACCGAUGGGCUAUUUGAACAACCAAUCAGCUACGGACGAAAUCCUAACAGCCGACGGAUGGGUCUGCAGUGGAGACGUGGGGUACUUCGAUGAGGAUGGUUAUCUUUUCUUGAUCGACAGGAAGAAGGAAAUUAUCAAAUACAAGGGCUAUCAAAUAUCACCGGCGGAAAUUGAAGCCACAAUCGAGGAACUGCCGGAGGUGGCACAUGUCUGUGUGGUUGGACGGUUUGAUCCGGAGUUGCACGUUGACCUGCCGACGGCGGUGAUUGAAGUUCGCAAAGAUUGCCAGCUUGGUAAGGCUCGCGUGAUCGACUAUGUGGCUGGGAAGCUGGCGGACAUUAAACGUCUACGAGGUGGGGUGUUCUUUGUGGAACAGAUGCCGAUGACUGCGUCCGGUAAGCUCCGGAGGUAUGAGAUACGGAAGUAUGCCGAGCAGGAAAAGGGUGCCAACUGA